UGCGCAUGCGUGCAGCGUAGUACGGAUGCCUACAGGACAGGGAGGAACGCGAUUAGCCCGCUCGCCUUUCUAAGCCCCUCUUCACAGGUUGAACUGGACGUUCAAGACGCCAAAGUCCAGGGUGGCAGCCCCAGCAUGGAGCAAGCCCGGUGAGCGAACUCCCGUGGAGGAGCCGGGAUUCGUCUGAGGAGCUUCUGUUUGUCCAGCUCACAAUGGGCAGUCGGAGGAAUGGCUUCAUGAAUGAACGCUUUAUGCUGUCCGUGGAUGUGGGAACGACAUCCAUCAGAUGUCACGUCUAUGACAAGCAGGCAAACAUCCGAGGAUCAUGCACCAGCAGGCUGGUCCCCAUUUACCCAGAGUUGGGGCAUGUGGAGAUGGACCCAGAAGCACUGUGGCAAGGUUUCACCACUGUGGUCAAGGGAGCAGUGCAAGAUGCAGGAGCUCAGAUGCGUCAGAUGGAGGCUCUCGGCAUUUCAACUCAGAGAGCGACUUUCACCACCUGGGACAGGAAAACUGGGACUCCCUUUCACAACUUUAUCAGCUGGCAGGAUCAAAGAGCUGCAGACUUGGUGAAAUCCUGGAACACAUCCUGCACAAUCAAAAUAAUCCACGGAGUGAUGAAGAUGGUUUACUUCCUGACCCGACAAAAACGCUCCCUGGCAGCGAGUGUCAUCGUGUUUUCCCCCCAACACGUCACCUUCCGCCUGGUGUGGGCUCUGGCACACUACAAGCAGGUUCGCCAAGCGAUUAAGGAAGACACCUGCUGCUUUGGAACAAUAGACACCUGGCUCCUGUUCAAACUCACUAAAGGAAGCGUCCAUGCCACCGACUACUCCAAUGCCAGUUCCACAGGGAUUUUUGACUCCUACCAGAUGUGUUGGAGUGGAUUUCUCUGCUCCCUGGUGUCUCUGCCUCUCUCCAUCUUCCCUGAAGUAGAGAACACGGGCCAUAACUUUGGUUCUACAGAUCCGUCCAUCUUCGGAGUUUCCAUUCCCAUUAUGUCACUGAUGGCGGACCAACAGGCAGCUAUGUUUGGAGAAUGCUGCUUUGAUGUGGGUGAUGUGAAGAUCACCAUGGGAACCGGCACCUUCAUGGACAUAAACACUGGCAGCAAACCACACACAUCUGUCACAGGUCUGUACCCUCUGGUGGGAUGGAGGAUGGGAUCUGAUGUGGUGUACCUCGCUGAGGGAAAUGCAGCAGAUACCGGCACGGCCAUCAAAUGGGCCCAAGAGCUGGGGCUUUUCUCUGACGUCCGAGAGACGAGUGUGAUGGCGCACAGCGUCAGCGAUUCAGAUGGAGUAUGUUUCGUCCCAUCGUUCAGCGGCCUACAGGCUCCGCUGAAUGACCCAAAAGCUUGUGCCUCCCUCAUGGGACUCAAACCUUCCACAACCAAAAGCCACCUGGUCCGUGCCAUCCUAGAGUCCGUCGCCUUCAGAAACAAGCAGCUUUAUGAGACGAUGCUGAGAGAGACUCGCAUUCCCAUCACAAAGAUCAGGGUGGAUGGAGGAGUUUCCUCCAACGACUUCAUCAUGCAGCUGACUGCGGAUCUGUUUGGUAGGAAGCUGGUCAGACCCCAGCACCACGAGAGGUCGUGUCUGGGGGCGGCGUUUGUGGCCGGACUUGAAGCCGGCUUCUGGUCGACUCAAGAGGAGCUGAAGAAGCUGCAGAGCAGUGACCGUGUGUUCCUGCCCAGAGGUCCAGCUAAGGAGGGGGCUCUGAGCCCAGAUCAGGAGUACUUCUCUGUCCUCCAGAGCUGGGAGAGAGCUCUGAGACGCUCUAUGAACUGGUACGAGCCCUGACUCGGGACACCAACAGGCUGCUGCUGUCUCUGGGUUUCAGGUCUUAGCAGCAGCAGCCUCACAUUUUAGGAUUUAUUCUCUAGACCUGCUCCAGCUGAGAUGAUGUUUUUCAUCCUGCCUUCUGGGGCCGCUUACACCUUUUUAUUCCAGAGCAGAAGCUCUGAAAGCCAAAUGUUAAACGCUCAGAGCCACAUGUUUGUGAUUUAUAGUAAAAGAGAGAGCCAUCAUGUGUUUACACGCUUCAGGGCUUUUGAGUGACAUCCGGCUGCUUCCAGAAACUCAACACAUACAGACCUUUAGGUCAGUACUUGAUUCUUCACUGAACUUUGGAUCAAACAGGACGAAGAUCAUAAUAUUUAAAUGUGAUGCAGGAAUUCCACUGAAGUCAGUGUUUAAUGUGUUUUUGUAUCAUGAAACUCAGUAAAUGUAAUAAAUAAUGUUUUCAUUCAGAAGUUAGUAAAACACGUUACAGUGGAAUCUGAUUUUUAUGUAUCGAGCGCGUUGAUCAGGGACUAAAACUGAAAUCCAACAUUCCCAGA